AUGGUUGUCAAGUUAGAGUUUUUAAGCCGGUGUUAAACGUAAUUCAAGCAUAAAGGACAUUUUUGAUCAAUAGCAGGUUAAGAAGCUUUAAGAUGGAUUCUGGAUUAGAUCCAAAGCCAAAGAGCUCGUCUCGCUUGCCACGGAAAACGCCACAAAACGCCAAGAGAGAGAACAAACGCAGCCUCAAACCCAGUCUGCAGGAGGCCAGGAAUAAAGGUCGAAAGAACCGAAGCAAAGCAGAAGAGAAAUUAACCAACCAGCUCAAAAACAUGAGUUUACAGGUCAAGCCAAAGGCGGUCGGAACGGGUCUCGUUUACUCGGACGUCUUCACCCGAUAUCACUGCCUGUGGGACUCCAGCCACCCUGAGUGUCCGGAGAGAGUGACGGCUAUAAUAAAAACGAUGGAGACGGAGGGGCUGCGGUCUCGCUGCGUCCCCGUGGAGACCAGAUCUGCGUGUGAAGAGGAGCUCACACUCGUGCACACGAAGGAGUACGUCGAUUUGAUGAAGUCGACUCAGACGAUGACGGAGGAGGAGCUGAAGUCCGUUUCCGAUCGUUAUGAUUCCGUCUACCUCCAUCCUGACUCUUUCUCAUGUGCCUGUCUGGCGUCCGGCUCCGUCCUCCAGCUGGUCGAUAAGGUGAUGACAUCAGAGCUGCGUAACGGCUUCUGCGUGUGCAGGCCUCCGGGACAUCACGCCCAGGCUGCCAUGAUGAACGGGUACUCCAUGUUUAAUAACGUCGCUAUAGCAGCACGCUACGCCCAGAAACAGCACGGCGUUGAGCGGGUUCUGAUUGUAGACUGGGAUGUGCAUCACGGUCAGGGAAUCCAGUACGUCUUCCAGGAGGAUCCCAGUGUUCUGUAUUUUUCCAUCCAUCGUUAUGAGGGCGGCUCUUUCUGGCCCCACCUGCCCGAGUCAGACAGCAGCACGGUGGGUUCGGGACCAGGCGAGGGCUACAACAUCAACGUGCCCUGGAAUAAGACAGGAAUGCAGGAUGGAGACUACGCUGCUGCAUUCCAGAGACUUCUGCUGCCCUUAGCCUACGAGUUUCAGCCUCAGCUCGUGUUGGUGGCAGCAGGCUUUGAUUCUGUGGCUGGUGAUUCCAAGGGUGAGAUGGGUGCCAGUCCUCAGUGUUUCUCCGUACUGACCCACAUGCUGAUGGGCCUGGCACAAGGACGAGUUGUUCUCGCUCUGGAGGGAGGCUACAACCUUCAGGCCACGGCAGAGGGAGCCUGUGCUAGUUUGCGGUCACUGCUGGGGGAUCCCUGCUCUCACCUGAGCUCACCUGGAGCCCCAAGUGAAAGCGCACUGAAGUCCAUCUCUGAGACCGUUGCUGCUCUGUACCCGUUCUGGACCAGCCUCCAGACUCUGGAGGGAGGCCCUCUCUCAGAGGCUGACCACUUACCUUCAGCAGUGUGUGUGGAGAAACUGGAAUCUUCCAUGUCAGGAACUGGUCUCGUGUAUGAUGAGCGCAUGAUGGAGCAUCACAACAUGUGGGACGGCCACCAUCCUGAACUUCCUCAGAGAAUCUCUCGCAUCUUCUCUCUCCAUGAGGACCUGGGGCUCACGGACCGCUGCCAGGGGAUACCAGCGCGUUUAGCCACCGAGGAGGAACUUUCACUCUGUCACGGUCUGGAGCACAUUGCCACUAUAAAGCACACUGAGCAGAUGAAGCCCCGAGAUCUGUUCAGGCUGGGAAAUGAUUAUAACUCUGUGUACCUCAGUAAAGAGAGCUACAAGUGUGCACUGCUGGCUGCUGGGGGCUGUUUUAAUGUCGCUCAGUCCAUCCUCACCGGUCAGGUGAGGAAUGGCGUGGCCAUCGUGCGCCCGCCUGGCCAUCAUGCCGAAAGAGACACCGCCUGUGGCUUCUGCUUCUUCAACACUGCCUCUCUGACUGCCCGCUAUGCCCAGAGCAUCACUCGCAAAAACCUGCGCGUCCUCAUCCUCGACUGGGACGUGCACCAUGGCAACGGCACCCAGCACAUCUUCGAGGAGGAUGACAGCGUGCUCUACAUCUCUCUUCAUCGCUACGAGGACGGCACGUUCUUCCCCUGUUCCGAGGAUGCCGAUUACGAUAAAGUGGGCAGGGGGAAGGGCGCGGGCUAUAACGUCAACGUACCCUGGAACGGAGCUAAAAUGGGCGACCCAGAGUACCUGGCGGCUUUUCACCAUGUGGUGAUGCCUAUAGCACGAGAGUUUGCUCCCGAGCUGGUGCUCGUGUCGGCCGGGUUCGAUGCCGCUCGUGGCGAUCCGCUGGGCAGGUACAACGUGACUCCUGAGUGCUACGCACACCUCACCCACCAGCUGCUGAGCCUGGCGUCUGGACGAGUCCUGGUCAUGCUGGAGGGCGGCUACAACCUCACCUCCAUCUCCGAAUCCAUGGCCAUGUGCACCAGCAUGCUCCUGGGUGACGCGCCUCCGCUGCUACCUCCUGCGCCCGCUCCUCACCCCAGCGCCUGCGUCUCCAUCAACAAUGUCCUGCGAGCGCAUGCCCCCUACUGGAAGUCUCUCAGAAUACAGAUCCCAGAGUCUCUGCGCUUGUCUCUGCCUUCUCCAAAACCCAAAAGCAAGCGAACGCCGGGAGGAAAAGCCAAAAACUCUCCACGCCACAUCACCCCAGUUCAGAGUCCCAACCAGGAGCAGCUACAGCGAACCUCAGCGAUUACCUCGCCAGCAUCGCCCUCCACCACCCAGGAGGACUCUGGGCUGGACGAGCUCACUCAGGGCCUGCACUCUCUGGAUCUCAGCGCCUGCGCGUCCGCUGGAUCCAGCCCCGCCUGCGUCGCCGUGGGAGGGGCGAGACCGAAAGUCAAGCUCGGCACGCAGGGGGAGGCCGUGCAGGAGGAGUCGCCCACCAGGGUGAUGCAGGGUGGCAGGGAGGAGAGCGGGGUGACGGCCGAGUCCACGCCCAUCAAAGAGGAGAAACUGUCAGUCCCUGAAGCAGCGGAGGAAGCGGACUCCGGUGCCCUGGGUGAUUUGGACAGCUCUGUGCUGGAGGGAGCGUGUGGAUACACCCCGAAGUCUGUCUUCGAGGUUGUGUGUGGUGAAGUCAACAUGGGUGGGGAUACUAUGUUUGCAGUGGAACCUCUAUCAUGGUGCCCACACCUGGAUUCUGUGCAUCCGGUGCCAGCAGGGGGCAUCGACGUGUUUCGGCCGUGCGAGGAGUGUGGAGCCGAAUCUGAGAACUGGAUCUGCCUGUGCUGCUAUAAGGUACUGUGUGGACGCUUUGUGAACGAGCACAUGGUGACCCACGGCCAGGAGUCCACACACCCUCUGGUUCUGAGUUUUGCCGACCUGUCAGUGUGGUGCUACCCCUGCGAGUCCUACGUCCACAAUCAGGUGCUGUAUGAAGCUAAGAACGCAGCUCAUCUUGCCAAGUUCGGAGAAGAAAUGCAUCCUAUUAAUUAAGCCAGCGUUAUAGUCUCUGAGGUUUAAAUCAUCUGUGUGUGUGUGUGUGUGUGUGUGAGCGAGCGAGCGUGUGAUUCAUGUGUGUGACGAGGUGACGCACUUCGGUCUCAGUGUGAAGGUGUUUUCUCACUGAACGUUCAUCUUUCCUUCCGACCAUCUUUUUCUCUCACUGCGGGAGAGCUGCACAAAUUCUGACAUGUUAUUCACACGUGUGUGUGAGUGUGUGUGUGUGUGUGUGUGUGUGAGAUCACACAUUUCUCCUGACUCAUGUGUGUGAUCUAGGCCUAGUCCACACUAGCACAGAUUAAUCUGAUUAUUCUUAUUUGUAUGUUUAGGGUUUAUUUCAGUAUUAUGUUCUGUACUGAAGCACAGGUGUCUAAGCCAUGACAUACCAGUACAUCUUUUUUCACAACGUCCCAAAUACUUUCUUAGCUUCUACUUCUGUGCACUAUAAAGGGAACAACAUUCUGCUGCAUUUACUGUACAUUGCAGUAUUGUUUGUUGUCUGGGCAAUUGAAGGUUAAGGGCUCAACAGGGGCUUGAAGCAGCGACCUUUUGAUUACUAGUCCAGGUUUUUAACCUCUAGGCUACAACUUCGUGACUAGCACCAGGUUGGUUCAUAUGGAGAUCCGUAUAGCGCACUGAGAGUCGUGCACCGAUCUCUAUUAUCCUCCGGCGCAUUGUGUAGCUCCAUCGAUCAGCCAGCAGAGGUCGUAAUUGCAGCAGUUAUGAGGAAUCAGGCUUGGUUGAGGUCUUGGAUAUUAUAUAAUAAAGCAAAACGUACAUGUGUGUAUGGAGUUAGACCCCUAAUUCAUUCAUUUAUUGUCUGUUUUACCACCGAUUUACUGGGCGAAAGGCAGGAAACACUCCGGAGAGGUUGCCAGUCCAUCACAAGACACACUUGGGGCAAUUUCUUGUAGCUCCAGUUAACCUGACUGCAUGUCUUUAGACUUGUUGGAGGAAACCCACGUGGACAUGGGUAGAACAUGCAAACUCCACACAGAAAGGAUCCUGGAUACGCAUUUUCCAUUUCCACUAAAUAUAGAGCAGUUUACAGAGAAGGAAAACAUUACAUGUGAAUGGAAGAUUAAAAAAAGAGAUUGCUUUGUAUAUUUAGCUGUGUUAGUGUGGACAACGCCUUAGUGUAUUCACCAGGUUCACAGAGAAUGUAGUUUGUUUUGCACAAACCUUUUAAAAUCUCCAUAUUUUAUUUAUUUCAUAAAAACGGCACAAACUCACCUUUCCUAAUCUUCCUACUAGCCGUAGUUAUUGUUAGAUUAAAUUUUAGUAAGAAAUAAAUAUAGUGUUGUGGUGCUAAGUGCAUUUCUGCCUUCACCAGCCUCGUGUCUGAAUUUUUGCAGCUUUUUUUUUUUCAUCAUGCAGUUAAAAACAACAUAAGACUUACAGCUUGUUCAUUCAUGUAUUGUCUGUUUUACCCUCAAUUUAUCCUGGUCAGGGUCACGGUAGGUCUGAUUCCUUGGGUGAGAGGUACCCGGAUAGGUCGCCAGUCCAUCACAGGGGACACACAUUUACACUCAGUGCAAUUUUAGUAGCUUCAGUAACCUGACUGCACAUCUUUGGAUUUGUGGGAGGACACAGACGCAGGGGGAUCAUGCCGGGGAAUCGAACCCAGCGCUACCCGUUACACCACUGUGCCGCCUUUACUGUAUGUUGCUGUUUGAAAAGGUACAUUUAUGCAUUCUUAAAAUAAAAUAGCACAAGGGUGAGCAAUAAUUACUGCACAAUUAAAUAAAAUCUAACUCGGACACACAGUUAUGAAGAUUUUAAUUUUUUAUCUUUAUUAAUUAUUUCUUCUGUUUCUCUUUAAAUAUUCUGAAGUCUCACGGUUUUGUAAGCUUUAGUACAUAAAUACACUUUAAACAUUAAAAAACAUUCGUU